CGGCAGGCACUGGUAAGAUCAUAGGCAGGAGGGCUCUACUAGGCGUAUGUCGGGCAGAACAGAAAGGCUGGCGCUGAGGAGAGGAGCACCCAGCCGCCCCAGCCCUCUGCACCGCCUCUCACCUCUCUCCCCGCCGACGGUGCGGGGAAGGGACCCUGAGGGCAAGGCCCAAAGGAAGCACCUGGUUGGGCCGGGCGAGUUAGCACAGGGUGGGCAGCGGGAGGCCAGAGCAGGAAGGAGGGUCGGAGGCUAGGGGGUCAGGCCGGGCCUCCCGCCCUGCCCGGCCACCGCACCCUCGCCCUAGACCACUCCUCGGCCCCGGGUAAGAGGCCACAGGGUUGCUAACCGCGUCCCCAGCUGCGCCAGCUGCAAGCAGCUGCGCGGGGCCGGCCCGAGGAGCUUGUCUCGUCACCCGCGCACCCCUGAGGGCGGACCAUCCUCCGGCAACCCAGUCCGAGGCCCCGCCCCUUGAAAAGGCGCCGCGGGGAGCAGGCGAGACGGCGGGGCUAGAGAGCCCGUUGGGGGCCCCCGCCGCACCGCGGAAGUAUCCGGUUUGGGACUGGGCUGGCGAUACAAACUUCCGGUCCAGGUCUACCUCGAGCUAGAGCGGGCACCGAGAGGGAGCCAGGCCGAGCUGAUCAGGAUGAUCACAGACGUGCAGCUCGCCAUCUUCGCCAACAUGCUGGGCGUGUCGCUCUUCUUGCUUGUGGUUCUCUAUCACUACGUGGCCGUCAACAAUCCCAAGAAGCAGGAAUGAAGGUGGCGCUUUCUCCGCCCCAGGGUUCCAGGACAUAGUCUGAGGCAAGAUGGAGGGUGUGAGGGGCCUUCACACUUUACUUCAUCCCUUCUACCCAUCACAACAUACAAAGCAACUACACCUGGAUUUUUCCAAACAACUUUUAUUUUCCUCAGUCUUUCUUAAUCCUAUGGAACAAGAAGCUGCCACUGGAUAGGGCCCAGUAUAGGGGCUGCUUUCUUUCCUACUCCCUCCCCCCAAUAUAAAAAAAUAUAUAUUUU